AUGAUUUUUAUAUUAUUUCUAUUACUUUCACUUGUGUAUAUCUAUUUGACCUGGAAUUUUGAUUAUUGGACCAAGCGUGGUGUUCCAUCACCAAAAGCAAGAGUUCUUCUUGGUGAUCUACCAAAUGGAUUAUUAAAGACAGAAAAUGUGAUUUACGACAUUGGAAAAAUUUACAACAAUUUCAAAUCAAAAACUCCAUUUGUUGGAAUGAUUCAAACGCGCGUUCCUCGCUUAUUGAUUUUGGAACCUGAAGUCAUUAAAGACGUUCUGAUUAGAAAGUUCAACUGCUUUCGUUAUGCUGAAUUAGUUGAAAUUGUUGACACAAAACUUGAUCCAUUAUUUGCUAAGAAUCCAUUUUUGCUUAUGGAUGAAGAGUGGAAGGAAAAGAGAGCUGAUAUAACUCCAGCAUUUACAUCGAAUCGUUUGAAAGUUUUAUAUCCAAUUAUUCAAGAUUUAAGUGCUCAUAUGAUUAAGUAUAUAAUUAAUGAAUCCAAAAAGAAUGAACCAUUAGAUUCACUUGAAGUAGCUGCAAAAUUCACAACAGAUGUGGUCAGCAACUGUAUUUUUGGAAUCGAUGCUGAAUCAUUCACAAAAGAAAAACCAGAAAUUCGUGAAAUGGGAAAAAGAAUUUUGGAACCAAAUUUUUCAAACGUAGUUAAACUUUUCCUUGCUGAAUCAUUUCCAUUCAUGAGAAAACUUAUGCGAAUCCAAUUCAUGCCUAAUGACGUUAAAGAUUUUUUUGUGAACCUUAUGCAGCAGGCAUUAAAGCACAGAGAAGAGAAGAAAAUUUGUCGUGAAGAUUUCCUCGAUCAUAUCAUACAGUUGAGGAAUAAGAAGAAUAUCAGUGAAUUGGAGAUGGCAUCACAUACGAUGAGCUUCUUUUCUGACGGGUUUGAAACAUCAUCAGUCGCUAUUUCACAUGCUCUUUAUGAGAUAGGCAACAACACUCGUGUCCAAGAUAAACUUCGCGACGAAAUAAACAAAAAUUGCAACAAAAGUGGGCUUAUAAGCUAUGAAACAUUGACUGAACUUCCUUAUCUUGAUCAAGUUUUCCACGAAUCUUUGAGACUCCAUCCUCCAGCUGUCAUGAUAUCAAAGCAAUGCACAGAACCAACUGAUCUUGAAUUUGACGGAAAACGAGUAACUGUCGAAAAAGGAAUUAACGUUUUUAUUCCAAUUUUGCAAGUUCAUUGCGAUUCUAAUUACUAUUUUGAACCUGACAAAUUCUAUCCAGAAAGAUUCGAUGAUGGAGCUAUUAAGGACUAUCUUGAUCGAUGUGUUUUCAUGCCAUUUGGUGCUGGACCGAGAAUCUGUCUCGGAAUGAGAUUCGCUUUGAUGCAGACUAAAGCUGCUAUUGCCGCAAUUGUUCAAAAUUUUGAAAUAUCUGUCAACAAGAAGACACAAAACAAUCCAUUGGUCAUCGAUCCAGUUGCAUUUAUAAACGUGAAGGUUGGUGGAUUGUGGCUUGAUUUUAAGUCAUUGAAAAAGGAAUAG